CAUACGUUGAAAACGGAGAUGCUACUCACUUGCUCCAUCACUGUUAGUUCAGCUCUGGUCUUUAUUCCUGCUCUCUAAUGGCCGGCAGUGGGCCGGUAAGGACAGCUCCAUUGACUCCAGGGAUGUCUUGCUUUGGUAUAGGGAGGAGGUCAGGAGGCGGUAAGAUACUACUCGCUGACGGAAAGACACAUUUUGAUGGUGAUUUCCUUAUUCCUGGUCGUGUCAUCAAGGACAUUAUUAAUGACAUAUGCCAGCUAAUGUCGCCACCCAUCGUUCCGGUGGUUCGGCCGUUCUUUGCUUUGUGUGAACCUGGGACUGGGUAUGCACUGUGCCAGUCCAUGAAGCUUACUGCCCCUCAGUCGCGGAAGACCUAUCAGCUUAGGAUAUUCAUCAAUGCCGGGCAGAAUAGCGUAUGCUUGAAGAAAUACUCCGGAGCAGCUAGAAACUAUUAUUUCACGCAGUUAAAGACGGAUUUUAUUACUGGGAGAUUGCAGCACAGAAUGGCCUCUUCGGGUAACAUUGCAUUGCAAAUGGCCGCCAUUGACAUGGUCUUGGAAGCUGUGUCGCACAAACCUAAACCACUUACCUCUUAUGAAGAUGUCCUUGAUCAUUUCAAGGUUUCCAAAUUCCUUCCCUCGUACGUCAAGAGUCAACAGGCCUGGAAGAAGACCCUUAGCCAUCUCUUUGAGGAGUACUACCAGGCCCUCUCUACCCGUGAGCCAGACGUCAUAAAGGUCCAGUACAUAUACGCAUACGAGAAGGAUAUAGGCUGUGGGCAACACCUUUUUCAAGCCAAGGUGUAUCUCUUUCCAGACCGCCCACUGUAUGAAGGAAGAAUACAGGCAUCAUGGAAGAAUGGUAUUGUAAUGAUGGCAGCCACCAGAAAAGAAGUUAUAUUGAUGCAAGAUAUUGAGCAGAUAGACGUUAGUUUGGAGAGACUGUCUCUAUCCAUUCAAUUAAAGGAAACGGCUGCGUCACUGAACAGCACGAGCAGCAACUCAUCCACUGGAGGAGCCACUGACACUGACUCCAAGUCUCAAAACCCAAUCACUAAAACUCUCCAGUUUAAAUCGGUUGAAGAGAUGAUAUCAUUCUGUUCCAUCAUUGAUGGUUAUUACAGGCUAAAGGUUGAUAUUAAUACCAGCAUACUCUCUGGGGAUGCCAGCCCAGCUGAUAAUGAACACACUAAAGAGACACUUGGGAAAGAUAUUGCUGCUAGAGAUCUCUGUCACGGGCCCAUCAGUAAGGAGUCGGCUAAUGAAGUAUUUGCUAAGCAGCACAACGAAGAAGGGCUCUACCUUGUGAGGGAGAGCAGGACUAAAGACUGUACCUUCAUAUUGUCCCUCUGUCAAAAGGAAGGUGUCUUCAACUACAGGAUAUCCAAAGACUAUGAUCACAGGUUUGCUCUAGUUGAUACGACUGGGAUCAGCCCUGUACCGAGGAGUGUUAACUCUUGCCACACCCUCAAUGACCUCAUAUUGCAUCAUCAUCACUUUGCUGAUGGCUUACCUAUUCUACUUAAACAAAACUGCCCACCAUCCAAAACAGGUCCCAUGCCAUUAUUUCCUGAAACUCCGAAUACUCCAACUGCUGUCACUGUUAUGCCUCCACCCGAGGAGGAGCUUGAUUCACCGAUAAUACAAGAACUGGUUCAAGCUGGUGUCAGACGGAUUCAUUAUCGUAGAGAACUCACAGUCCUCAAAGAACUUGGCUCAGGUCACUUCAGUAGCGUCCAUCUAGCAGAAUGGACGGAACCAGGCAAAGAAGUGCGAAAGGUUGCUAUAAAGAUCCCUACAUUUCCUCAACAAACCUCAAAGGCUCAAGUCGUUCUUGACGAAAUGAAGCGGGAAAUACUAACAAUGUACCAGCUGGACCACCAGUACAUCACUACACUACUAGGAGUGGCUGAUGAGCGUCAUAUAUUAGAUACAAUUGGUCGGUUCCCGAUGAUAGUAAUGGAGUUUAUUGAUGGAGGGAGUCUGAGAGGUAUACUGAAUGAUUUCAGGCCUUCAAGACUACAACCACGUCCUAUAAAACCACCUCCCUCUGACUGGGAGGUCAGGUAUCUUCGUUACAGUCAGCAAAUAGCCGAGGGAAUGGAUUAUCUUGGAUCUAGGAAUGUUGUCCAUCGUGAUCUGGCUACCCGUAAUGUACUAGUCGUGUCCGACCAACACGUGAAGAUUGCCGACUUUGGUCUUGCGAGACAGUUCAUGGAGAACAGAGACUAUUAUAGAUCAACUAAAAGAACUGACCUACCAGUUUACUGGUAUGCUCCAGAGUGUUUGAUCGAGCUCAAUUUCAAACCAGCUUCAGACGUUUGGUCAUUUGGCGUUACUCUCUGGGAGAUCUUUACACUGGGUCGUAGGCCGCAGGAGUUUUUGGAGCAUGUUGUAAUGCAAGCCCAAGCUGAUCCUAGGCAUGGGCACCCACUUCAAGCUCUGGCGAAAUAUUUCAAAAGCAAUAAUCGCUUGCCAAAUAUCGGUAUCCCUGAUCAAAUAUACCGGAUGCUUAAAGAGACGUGGCACAUUGACCCAUCAAGAAGACCCACCUUCUCUCACCUGUCUGAUAAGCUCUCACGCCAGCUCCUUCUGUUCCAAGCAACCUCUGCUACUUCAUGACACAAGAGACACGUCAAUGGCAGCCAUUUAUUGUAGUCUUAAACUUUUUAAAAAUUCCAUCUCUUUCUCUCUUUUUUUCUCUCUCUCUCCUCUCUCUUCAGUGAAGAUAAUUAUGCUGCCUCUUUUUAAUUCAUUUUUUGUCACUGACCAUCCUUGUUUAUAUUAUUAUUUUUGUUUUAUUUACUACCUAAUAAUAAAUA